AUGCAAUUAUCUCCUAUUGAUUUGGACUAUUUACACUAAGAGAGCAUUGGGGGAGUCAUUGCAGAUGGUUUGACAGUACUUUACAAUACACAACCUGAAAAACCAAUUGAAUUUUUAGCCAAAUGGUUAUUAUAAUAUUGUAAAACUUCCACUCAAAAAACUCACUUCCAUGAUGAUCUCUAGAAGAAAGAAUAAAACAUUCAGAAUUUUAUCCAAUAACAAAAGUAAGAGAAGGAAAGAUUGGAAGAAUUGCUAUCAUUCAAAUAAUAAACUAUGUAAUAAGAACAAAAUUACGUUGAUUAUCUGAGAAACCACCCUUAUCAUUAGGAAUUGAUUAUUCAAGAGUUUCCAGAUUUUUUGAUGAAGAAAUUUGUAAGAAUCUCUUAUAUUAUUUCAAUUUAGAAUUUAUCCGGAGUUUACAUCUGUUAUUUCACCCAUCAGAAAUAAGACGUUGAUGUUGACUUAGUUGAUGAUGAAAAUGCGUUUAUCAAUCAAAAGGCACCUAAACUAUUGAAAUAUGUAGGAACCUCUUUAAAUCAAAAAUUCCUUCUCAAUUUAAACCUAACUGAAUAAGCCAUUCUAACAUAUGAAGUACUCAAACCACCUCCUGUUGAAGAAGGCAAAGUUCCUGAAGUAUACAAGGGCUGCUACGUCCCUGAUGUUGUCAAAGAACCAAAGGUUUAUUUUCAUAGGUUCCCAAAAUUGGGAUGUUAUUUUGCCAUGCCUAUGAAUUUUGAAACUUCCCUCUUUGAAGUACUGCAUUUUCAAUUAUAUUAGGAUGCCUUUGAUGCAGGUUUGAUUAAUAGGAUAAAGUAUAAUUCUGAAGUAGAAACUCAAAAGCAAGAAAUAAAAGCUAAAGAAGAAGAACAUGCAGAAUAAUUAUAAAAUGCAGAAAACGAAGAGCAAAAACAAUAAUUGGAAGAUGAACACCAGAAUUAUCUGUCUUCAUUGCCACAAAUCGUAGAACCACCCUUUUUAGGCAUCUAACAAUAAUACAUUGUGUGUGGCGAUACAUUAGGAUAAGACAGAAGAUUGUCAGAAGAAGAACGCAAUGAAUUAUAUGAGGCGAUUCAAUAAUUUGGACAAAGUUACCAAGAGAAAGAGAUAGCCCUUUUAUCAGAAGAUAUCAAUUAAUAAAUUGAAUAUCAAAGUACUAUUCCUGAAAAAUUGGAAGAGAAUUAUCUGGAUUAAGAAAAUCAAUUUGUGGAGUAAUAAGCUGCCAGCUUAGAGGAGUUAAAGUAAACAAAUGAAAGGGAUUACAAUUAUGAAAUAGAGUGCAUCAAAUUCGAUUUUCUAAAGUAACAAUUUACAGCCAAAGACUUUGCCUCUACUUUUCUAAACCUCACCAAGAGAAGAGUCAUCAAAUUCCCAAAUAUUAUUAAGGCAUUAUUUUAUUUGCUAGGCUACAAAAAAGAAGAAAUCACACAAGAAAACAAAUUGAAUUGGAAGAUUGUAGCCUCCUAUAUCGAUUAUAGAUUUUUAGCAAAAUUAGCACUCCUCAAUCAUAGAGGACCCAAAGAAGCCCCACUUUAACAUGCUACCAUAAAUCGAUUGGAAAAGUUAGUUGAUAUUUAUGAUGAAGAAAAAGUUAUGAAUUACAACUGGGCUUUAGGAUAUUUACAAAGAUUUCUAACCUUGUACUGUAAGUUGAGAAAAGAGGAUGUGGCAAUCAGGAAGGAAAUCUUACAGGAAAAGAGAACGUAAUUGUCAAAUGCCAAAGAAUAAUUGGCACAGUUAUUAGAAUAAAAGGAAACCGAUCUAUAAGCAGCUAAAACAAACUUUUAAGGAGAGGAAGGCGAAGAGUUUGAUGAAUAGAAAUGGAUCGAAUAAUGGGAAUCUGAACAUAAUCUACCUGAAAUUGGGCCUGAACCAUAAGAUGAAAUUGAUGAUGACUUAGAAUGA